AUGUCAUAUACACUUGGCUCGAAGAACAAGUUUUAUGAUUUAAUUCGUAAACUUUUGACUGUUAAUCCUUCAACAAAUACAGGCGUCCCGAUAACAGGAACCUAUCGUACACCAGCUCCAGGAUCACAACCUAAAUAUGUUCGGCCAACAACAAAACAUUCCGAUAUCGCUGGGAAUUACUAUUUUCAACGAGACGCACGUCGAGAUUAUCCCAGGUUGGGUGUAUAUACGCAAAAAGAUGUGGCUGUAUUAAUCGCGACGAGCAAUCUGACAAGUAUUACGGCUGGUGGUGAUGCUGAAAAAGGAACAGACGUCACGACAACUAAUACAACGACAGAUAUAUCAAAAAUCGUCGAAGAUAUGUCAUUGACUGAUAUUAUUGCAGCACUGCCAAAACCGUUAUAUUCGAAGGAUAAAUUGCCUCCGGUACCUAAUACUCGUGCCUAUCAAUGGGAACAUUCGGAGGAUGCUGAUAGACCUGAUCCUGAUACUAAUAUCACUGCUAAUAGAGCUGGUCACUCGAAAGCAUGGCUACACCUGGUCGCGGGAGGUGCCGGCGGCAUGGCUGGUGCCAUAGUCACUUGCCCGUUAGAUGUUUCAUCUUAUUACUCGAAAAUCGGUCUUAAUCAAGUAACAAAACCACCGUCAACAAUUCCAAUAUUAGGAAAAUUCAUAGAUACAGGAAGAUUAUUAGGGACAAUUUAUCGGGUAGAGGGUUGGCAGGCACUAUUCAAGGGUCUCGGACCGAAUCUAGUGGGAGUUGUUCCAGCAAGAGCAAUCACUUUUUUCACGUAUGGAAAUGGGAAGCGGAUUCUAACAGAUCUUAAUGGUGGGAAGGAAACGGCAACGGUACAUACCCUAGCAGCUGCACUAGCGGGAAUCACCACGUCAACUGUAACUAAUCCUAUAUGGCUAGUUAAAACGCGAAUGCAACUACAACCAUCAACUGGACAAUUAUUAUUCCCGGUUAAAAAAUAUAGGAAUUCCGUUGAUUGUUUGAUAACAGUGGUGAAAGAAGAAGGAAUAAAGGGACUCUAUAAAGGGCUUAGUGCGGCCGAAACUACAACACAAUGGGUCACUUAUGAAUAUCUGAAAGCGACUCUGUCACAAAGACGGAAAGGUCAACAGAAAGUGGAAUCGGAUGAUGUUCAAACUCUUGUACGAAGUAAAGAUUAUUGGCAUCUAAUGGACAAUUUGUUAGCUGCCGGGUCAGCCAAGCUUUUUGCGGCAGGGUUAACAUAUCCCCAUGAAGUGGUAAGAACACGUCUACGACAACUACCAAACGAAAAAGUAAAAUACACUGGGUUAAUUCAAUGUGCAAAGACUAUCAUUCGGGACGAGGGUUUAAUGGCCAUGUAUGGCGGCUUGACUGCACAUUUGAUGCGUGUUGUUCCUAAUGCGGCGAUAAUGUUUUUUUGUUAUGAAUUGAUUUUACAUUACGCUGGUGGAGAACAAACUCAAAAGUAG